AUGGCGGAUUAUCUUCUCUCAUCCAUUGCUACCGUUCACACUGCCAAAAUCAUUGUCACCGAUCCAACCAAUUACUCCUUUAUUGGAUCCAUUCCUGAAGCAAUGCUUGGUCGUAUCUCUGCGUCGAGUAACGUUCUCCAACAAUACAGGAAGCGUCCAUCAUCCGGUCCAAAGGAGCUCACACCAGCCGUGGUUCGCUCUAUUGAAGAGGCUGACAAGCCAACAAAAAGGGGUAAGAAGCCUGAUACUCAGAAGGAAGGACCUGUCUAUAAACCAACCAAGGUGAAAACCCCCAAGAAGCGAAAGUCUGAUAAGGCUGCCACUUCACAGGCUCAACCGAAGAAGCAGAAGAAGCCCGCUAGGAGGAUUAUUCUACAAUCCUCAAGUGAUUCAGAUUUAGAGUAUGUCCCUCCUAAGCAUAAGAACGCUCCUCCUUCAGAAUCUGAGAGCGAAAGCUCUGAUGAUGAGGCUUCGGGCCGAGGUGAUACUCCGCCUCGCUCCCCUACCCCAGAAAUUCCAGUUCGCUCUAACCCUCCUUCACCUCCACCUGUAACCAUCCAAGUAUCCAUCCCUCCUAUAUUUCCCAUUCCAACCACUCAACCAUCCAAUACAAUUCCCAUCCCUCCUCCCAUUUUCACAAAUACCACUACUACCACUACUACCAUAGGAGCUCACUUUACUGCUCCCAAUCCACCAGUAACAACCGAACCACCCGUCACAACCUAA